AUGUGCCUGGACGAAGAGAACGGUUGGCGGCUCUGCGGAUGCGUCAUCGACCUCUGGCUCAUGCCGCUGGUUUGCACCCUAGGUAAGACUGAGAGAAAUAAAACAGACCUAACUGAGUCGCAACCUUUAAAUGAAGUUUCAGGCCUGUUUCUUAACAUCUGCUGCCUUUUGGUCUUUUUCUCGCACAAACACCAUCCUCUAGUUCCUGUGAGUUAAUCUCGGCCACUAGAACUUCAUUCAAAUACUUUCCUCUGUUGCUAAAUUCUAAUAGCUGCGCUCGGAAGUUUCUUCAAGCUCACCAAAAAUCUCAAAAAAAAUUUCUAAUUGUACUAGAGUUCUUUACGUAGGGUCUCCGCCAUUUUGAAGAGUCAAGAAAAAUUUAGUCCUGCCGAGUUUUGAUUUAUAAUCAAAGUACUGCCUAACUGGCAAGGAAGGUCAUAAUAUUCAAAAAAAAACUCUGAAAGUUGGACUGAGACCUCAUUAAUGCGCCGCAGUCUCAAGUAACAUCACGGAGAAAUGAAAAAAUAGAUUUGAGGAAAUUUAUUCUUGGAAAAUAUUAUGCAGGUUGGAACUCAAAAGUGUUCUGACCGAAUUUCAGCAGAAGCUUCAAAUUUCGAGAAAACGCUUCGUCGCAAAUUUCUUAUGAUGUCCGGUUAUACACAGUUCUUUCAAAACGAAAAUUGAAAACUUUUUUCUAUUAUUUCACAAUUAGGAUUAAUAAUCGACUUCUUCGAAAAGAAAAUAUUUAAACAAAAAAAAAAUUCGAAGAAGUGGUCGUUAUUUUCGCCAAUCCACUUUUUUAACACGAAGAAAAACACUCAUUUUUAUAUAAUAGUGAAAUUUCGUAUAGCUAAAAAAAGUUGAAAAAAAAGUUCUGGAAAUCAAAUAGAGCAAUCAGGCGCUGAUCGUCCUGUCGAUGUCGGACUGUCUCCAGCUUCUCUUCUCCUUCUUCGUUCUCGUCAUACCGGCCUUACACGACUUCAGCAGCUCUGAACCUUACAGUAAUCUCGGUAUUUUUUGCGCAUUUCUACAUCAAUGUAAUUAGAACCGCUCUUCAACUCACACGGAGGAAAUAACUUUUUUUUUUUGCUUGUAGUUUUUUUUUCAGGCCAGUUGGCGUAUCUCUCGACAGGACUUCUCUCGCCUUUGCUUCUGGCUUUCAACUGCGCCAGCAUCUGGACUAUCUGCUACAUCUCCAUACAAAGACAUAAGGUGCCCGGCGAUUUCUCGCUUUUUUCCCGAACUCGUGUAUCUUAGGCGAUUCUUAGCCCUCUUUCUAACAUUUACUCGCCGUCGAAACCCUUCAAACCUCUCAUUUUCAUUGCAUUGGUAGCUCUUCUGUUCAACGUCAGCAAGUGGGCAGAAUUCAACUGGAAAUGGGAACAGGUCUGAAACUUUUUUAUUCCGACAUUCGUUCAGUUGUAAAGUCACUUUGAAACUUUUUGAGUUUUCAGGUUCCCGUAAACUCAACUUCUGAGAAUUAUUUCUUCUUGAUGCACGAACCGUCAGAAUUGGCCCGCAGCGAGCGUUACCACCGCAUUGUAAGUAUUCUAAAGCAGAGUUCGGGUAUCCAUCGUUGAAUCUCUCAGCUGGACAACAUGCUCUAUCCGGUUAUGGUUUACCUGGUCCCUUUGCUGCUGCUCUCCGUCUUGAAUCUUCGGAUUUUGUCGCACAUUUCCCGUCGCGACGUCUCCUUUGAGCACAAAAGUCGCUUUGCUCAGGUGAAUAAAACGGAUCGGAAAAAAAGAAGCGCCAAGCAACCGUAAAUUCUCUUCUUUUUUCAACUCUUCAAAAAAUGUCAGGAUAAUGAUCUGAGAUUUUCUAAAUGUAUCCGAUUUGAGCUUUUGUGCAAGCCUUUUUCAAAAGACAAAUUUCAGGAACGCCGGUCGGUUAUUCUGCUCAUGUCCAUAGUCAUCACAUUUUUCUUGUGCCACACAGGCGAGAGAUUAUAAUCACAGCCCGAUAAUACAUUGAAGCAUUUUCAGGAGGUCUUUUGAUUCGGUUCGUCGACCAGGAGAAACACCAUGACUCUGAACUUUUCGUCCUUUUCAAAGACGUCAUCAAUCUUCUCUUCAAUUUGAACUCUUUGGCAAAUCCGAUGGUAGAACUUAUUUGUGAACAUAGCUAUUGGACUGGAAUACAGAAAAUCUGGGGGAUCCUAAGACUAUUUUCAUUAAUUUUGAAACUGGGGAAGACUGAUCAGAUAUAAAAUUAAGACAUGACGCUGGAGUAGAAUCUCAUUUGCAGCUUUAUUUUCUGUUCACACGUCAAUUUCGAGACCUGAGGACGAUGCUCCACUCGCAUUUCUCUUCGCCCGGUACGCGCUGUGAAAUAAUCGGCCACGUAAGUUAUCGUAAGUAUAACCUUCGAUUUGGGUUUGUACCUCCUGAGAAGGGCAUAAAAAGUCUAAAAUCAUUGUCUCGGCUUUGCUGUUAUCACCAUUGGAGAAUUUUUGAGGUGGUUAGGAUUUCCUGCGCUCACGGACCUUUUUUCCUUUGGUUAGUGUCUACUGGCUUUUUGCGCGUUUCACCAAAAAUUUUAUUUGAAACUUUUUUUCUAGAUCUCCACACAGAUAAAAAAAAUUUGAAAAAUACCAAUCUCACAGCUUCUUUUCCAAGACUCUAAGAGACCUUUGUCAGAAACCUGGAGAUUCAGCUUGCAUCUGACAGUUGCCACCGACUGACUUUGAUAUCUUCAGCCCUCCUCACACUGCGGCCCUCGACUGCGACCGGUGUCGACUUCCUCCUUUUACCGUAGUCCCAGCCAAAGCGGCAAACUUCUCGACUGA